AUGACGGAACAACGUGUUAUAUUCAACUCUACAACUGCUCUUUAUGGAAUAUCUUCCGAAACCCAUGUAGGAUUCGGUGAGAACACGACGAUCGUUGUACACUUUUCCUGGUGCCCGAUGGAUUGGUCAUGGUUGGUCAUUCUACAGCUAAUCUCGGCAAUCACAGGCAUCGUAGGAAACUUCCUGGUGAUUGUUGUUCUUUUACAUCGCAGAAGUAAAAACAGAGCGACAGAUACCCUGAUCGGUGGACUGGCUUUUGCAGACUUCCUUACUUCGAUAUUCCUCAUUCCCAUCCCCACGCCAGUGUACAUUCCUAAGACCUGGUUGGGUGAGGUCUACUGCAGACUUGUCUUCACACAAAGCCUACUCUGGGCUUCCAUAACGGUAUCAGCAUACCUCCUGAUGUCUAUAUCUGUAGAACGGUACAUAGCAGUGGUAUAUCCUCUUCAUUUCAAGCGCCUCAUCACUCGACGACGUAUCUCGACCCUCAUCGUUAUCAUCUGGUUCCUUUCCAUCUUAACUCAACUGUUCACCUUCUUCGCUCAUACUGUUGACACCUUUACCAACACGUGCAAGGAUCGGUACAUAAACCGCUUGACACAAAUCAUCGUAGCUUUCUGUUGGUUCUGCCUCAUCCUCGUUGUCCCUUCUCUCACCAUGCUAAUUACCCAGGUUCUAAUCGCUCGCAAGCUUAGUGACCGCUCCAACCAAUUUAGAGGCAUGACCAACAGCCCAAAUGGGAAACAAACGCCAUCUUUCCACAUCGUGGCCAGAAACCGCGUUCUGAAGAUGAUGCUGGUCGUCAUCCUCAUCUAUCUUGUUUGUUGGACUCCAAACCAGAUUGCCUAUCUGGGUUAUAACAUUGGUUGGGUUCCUGAAUCUUACCUAAAUAGUCCUGUUCAUUCCAUGCUUACAUUUCUUGGCUUCUAUAACUCCUGCGCGAACCCGAUCAUCUACGCAGCAAGGUAUCCCGAGUUUCGAGAGGCUCUCAAGGAAAUGCUCUCUUGCAACUCCACCAAAAACACUCUACUUUUUGGAAAAAGAGAUGUCAUCGAGAUAGGCACCGUGGGUCGUCAGACCAUCGACGGCCAAAUUUAGCCAAAAGUGAGGUUGGAAUCCAGCCUUGGAGAACUCAAACUCAAACUAUGGAAUAAGAGGAAAGCCUUGGGGUGGUUUAGGAUCUACCUCCACAAUAGGAAACAAUAUGGA